AUGAAGCGGUCCACGGUCCAAGGCGACUGCACGGGACAGAAGCUCUCGGUGACCGAGACGGCGCUCCAAAACGGCGCUCAGCUCGCGUCCGCCGCCGGCCACGCCGCCUCCUCCGGCUCCGCCCACAAGAUGGAGGAAUACUUCAAGGCCUCGCACGACCAGACGCGCCAGACGCGCCAGACCGUCGCCGGCGUCUUCAGCCGCGUCGAGCAGGAAUGCGGCUCGACCACCUCGGGCGUCGCCAACUACUGCUGCACAGACGUCGGCAACGACUGCAGCGUUAAUGUCCUGGCCUACACCGUCCCGAGCCGGAGCUACAUGGUCUGCUGCGACUUGUACUUCAGCGACCUCUCGCCCGUCACGACGUCGUGCCACGCCCAGGACCAGGCCACGACGAACCGUCACAUCCAGGGACCCUCCCGACCCGUUUCAACCACCCAUGCAUGCUGGUUUCAACGCCAAUCUACCCAGCCAAAUCAACAUUGA